GCCUCUGGCUAAGAUCUAGUUAAACAAGUUUAUUCAAAAGGUGUCAGUCAUUUUGUGGUCGUAGCGUUGUUUUCAUGUGUUUGAAAACAUUAUUGUUUAUUUUUAUAGUGUAUUAAGCUUAUUAAGGCGUAAUUAAGUGAGUUUGUCAGUAAAAUGAAUAAAAAUUCGAGCAAUACUAGUACUGAUCCAUUACCUAUGCAGUCAACGUCUACGCUAAAUAUUACGGAAAAGGAAGUUGAUGGACAAGAAGAAUAUAAUCCCUUCGAACAUCGUCAUGUUACACACCCUACAUCGACUUUGGGUUCAUUUUUUCACUUGCUGAAAUCAUCUUUAGGGUCAGGAUUGCUUGCUAUGCCCGCUGCCUUCAAACACACUGGACUAAUUCCCGGAUGUUUCGGUACGGUUCUAGUCGGUCUGAUUGCUACUCACUGCGUUCAUAUAUUCGUAAGCACAUCCCGUGAAAUUUGCAGACAGUGUCGCGUUAGUUCAUACACUUAUACAGAGACAUGUGAGAAUGUGUUCAAGCAUGGACCUAAGAAAUUACGAAAAUACACUCAAUUUGUCAGGCAUUUCGUCGACUAUGCCAUGGCUGGAGUGUGUCUUGGAGGAACAAGCGUCUACGUGAUUUUUAUCGCAAGUUCUCUUAAAGAUAUUAUAGAUUAUUUGAGUCCAUCGCAUACAUUUACUGUGAAGGAGUAUUGCGGAUUUUUGUUGAUGCCGCUGAUUUUGUUAACGCAAGUGAGGCACUUAAAAUUCCUCGUGCCAUUUUCCUUAUUGGCAAACAUAUGCCUUCUAUUUACAUUUAUUAUUACUUGCUACUAUACCUUCAGCGAUCUACACGAUUUUUCUAAAGUGAAACUAGUAUCAAAUUUUGUGGAAUGGCCGCUAUUUUUAAGCACAGCAAUAUUUGCUAUGGAAGGAAUCAACGUAGUGAUGCCCGUUGAGAACGAAAUGAAACGACCAGAACAUUUUCUUGGUUGUCCUGGAGUACUUAACAUUACAAUGAUACUGGUGGCUACACUGUAUGCCGUAGUUGGAGUGUUUGGUUAUUUAAAAUAUGGUGAUGAGAUUAAGGGAAGUGUUACUCUAAAUCUACCUCAGGACGAAAUUCUAGCGUUAUCGGCUAAAGUUAUGGUUGCAAUAGCAGUUUAUUUUACAUAUUGCCUUCAAAUGUACGCUCCGAUGGACAUUAUAUGGACACGUAUGAAGGGUUCAAUAAAGCAAAAGUUUCACAGCUUGGGGCAAAUAUUACUGAGGACCUUUAGCGUCGUUUUGACUGUUGUUAUGGCUGUCGCUGUUCCGGACUUAGAACUUUUAAUUGGUCUUGUUGGCGCUAUAUUCUUCUCAACUUUAGGACUGUUUAUUCCUAUCGUAGUUGAGAGUGUCCAUAAAUGGGAACGAGAUAUGGGAAGGUUCAAGUUUAUUUUAUGGAAAAAUACCUUCUUGAUGAUAUUUUAUUUAUUAGUAUUAUUCUCUGGCUGUUAUUCUGCUAUAAAAGAAAUAAUAAUAAGGUAUAGUUGAUAAUU